CUCACGGCGCACACAGUAGGAGGGUUGACAGCUGUGUGAGCUCUGGUUGGCUUUAGGUUUGCUAUCCGAUCACUUUCGCCUCGGAGUUCAGUCAUCGAUCGACCUAUAUUUAAAGCUCCACGCCCCGAGACUGCGGACCACCGUGUAUAUGAAUCCAAGGCUGGGACGGGGGUCGUGAAAGACGGCUUUGAAAAUGUCCAAAGCUACACACUUUUGUCUUUGUUUGUUGAUUGUGUGGGAGACAACAGUGUUUUGGGGGUUUGGCUCAAACGCACUUUCAAUUUUCGAUGAUGACAUCUUCACCAUCCAGCUCUCCAGGACAGAGCAGUGCAUCAGUGCAAAGACCCCAGAAGAGAUAUCCCUUGCCCCCUGUGACCCUCAUGAGACGUCCCAGUUAUGGAAAAGGGGUUCAGGGGAGCGCCUCUUUCAUGUGGCCACAACCCAGUGUUUAGCCUUAAAGCUUCCCUCCAAGACACUGAUGCUGUUUAACUGUACUAUUGGGCCCAUCUUUGGGUGGAAAUGCAGAAAUAACUUGGUGUACACUAUCUAUCAAAUUGGACUUUCUGCCACGACUGAUGGAAAGGUUAUUGCCAAAAAGGAGUUUAAUGACACCUGGGUUUUGGGAGGAUCCCAGGACAGCAUCUGCCAGAAGCCCUACCACAUCAUCUAUACCACCGAUGGAAACUCGGCUGGUGCUCCCUGUGAGUUUCCCUUCAAAUACAAGGACAAGUGGUAUCAUGAGUGCCUCCCAGAUUCUUCUAACUCAGGCCUCUCUUGGUGCGCCACAACCUCCAAUUACGACCAGGAUUUGAGGAGUGGAACCUGUCUAAUACCUGAGGAAGGUUGCCAGACAUUAUUGGAGGGUCCAGAAGAGAACUCUUGCUAUGAAUUUGUCCCAUCCGCUGCUGUCACCUGGCAACAAGCUCUGGACUCGUGUCGCAGUCAAGGAGGAGACCUGCUCAGCAUUACCGCACCAGAGGAUCUACACUCCAAAACCAUGUUGGACGGCCUUGGCAGAAUGCCCGAGCGCAUGUGGAUUGGCCUCCAUCAGCUGGACCCGUCUCAGGGCUGGCAGUGGUCGGACGGCUCCCCUCUGUCCCUCAUCCGCUGGGAAACAGAGAUGCCGCCCGCCUCCACAAUCCUCGACUCAGACUGUGGCAUUCUUAACACCAAUCAGAGCUACGAGGUUGAAUCAUGUGACACUAAACUGCCUUAUAUCUGCAAAAAGCCCCUCAAUGCCUCUAAAACUGCACCAGAGGAGUCCCUGGUCUAUAAAGAAACAUUGUGCUCAGAAGGGUGGGUUGCCUGGAACGGCUGGUGUUACAAACUGAUAAAGGACAAUCCCCUAAACUUCACUGAAGCCGCAAUGUAUUGUAACAAAACAGAGGAAGGAGCCUCUCUGGCCAGUUUCCAGUCCAUCGACAGCAAAGAGAUGAUCAGCACAAGCUUUCAUAGUGAUCAAUCUCGAAUGAACGUAUGGAUUGGCCUUAUUAGCGCUGGCACAAACCCUGCUUUUUUUAGGUGGUUGAGCCAGGAACCAAUCACCUUCACUUAUUGGGACACAAACCAGCCCACCAACCCUACUCAGGACUUCAAGUGUGUCUACUAUUCUGGAGAAACUCUUAAAUGGAGGGUUGGUGACUGCAUGGAGAGGCUACCGUUUAUGUGUCAGAAGAAAGGGCGAGUUAAGGACUUGGCUGAACAAGACGAGUGCCCAUUCAAAGACGGAUGGAGGAGACAUGGCAAUUCUUGUUAUCGGCUAAACACCAAACAAGUGCCCUUUGAAGAUCACUGCAACUUUACCAUAAGAAACCGUUUCGAACAGGCUUUUGUCAACCGUUUAUUAGCAGAUCAGAUUAGCUCAGAGAAACAGUUUAUCUGGAUUGCUCUAAAAGACUAUAACAACACUGGAGAGUAUCAGUGGAUGACCCCUGACAACCCUGAGGUCACAUACACCAACUGGGAGCCAACUGAACCAGGCCAAGAUGGAGGCUGUGUGGUGAUGUCAACAGGCAAACCACUGGGUAGUUGGAGGGUGAAGAAUUGCAACUUUUUCAAAGCAGGCACCAUUUGCAGAAGAGACCUGGGUCCUGCUCCUGUCCCUGAGCCAGAGUCGGACAUCAACGCCCCCUGCCCCGACGGGUGGACAUCAACACCAAAUAUCAAAAACUGUUACAAGGUGUUUCAUGAGGAAAGAUUGAGCCAGAAGCGCUCGUGGGCUGAGGCGGAGAACUUCUGUCACGCACUGGGGGCAAACCUGGCCAGCUUCUCUCAUUUGGCCGAGAUGAGAGCCCUGCACAGCAUCAUGAGGGGAACCAUCAGUGACAACAGAUUCUUCUGGGUUGGGCUGAACAGGAGAAAUCCAGCUAGUCGGUCAUGGCAGUGGAGCAAUGGUCAUCCAGUGUCACUGGACAUUUUACAUCAAGACUUCCAUGUGGAUGAUCCUUACGGUCGUGACUGCACUGCAUUUAAGACAAUGAAAAGCAACUUGAAACACUUGUUUGUAUUUUUGCUUCAUGAGGUCAACCCCAUACCUUUCUAUGUGACCCCAUUUCACUGUGAUGCCAAGCUGGAGUGGGUCUGCCAAAUACCCCGUGGAAGAACGCCAAAAACUCCAGAGUGGUACAAUUCAGAAGGCCAUCAUGAGACGUCCAUCUUCAUUGAUAAAGAUGAGUUCUGGUUUGUGACAGAGCCUCGACUGACUUUUGAAGAGGCAAAGCUUUACUGCAAAGAGAAAGGCAGUACUCUGGCCUCACCCCCGAGUUUCACUGCUGCUCGGCAAAUUCACCAAAAACUGAACGAUCCUGAACUUAAACAAAGCACACGGCAAAAGUGGUGGCUUGACAUGAAAGAUCCACAUCAUCUUUACCCUAUGACAUACUCCCGGAUGUUCUUCUAUAAUUCUCGUUUCCUGGGGAGAUGUUCAACUAUCAAUGGUGAAAAUGUAUUCCCAGAGUACGACAUGACUUGCAGAGCGCGGCUGCCUUUCGUGUGUCAGAAAGUGAACGUAACAUCGGUGGAAAAAAACCCAUAUGAGCCGCAGCCUUCGGGACAGUCCUGUGAACUGUCUCUGGCCUUCAGAAACAAGUGUUAUAUAGAGAUGAAGAACCCCAGACCGAUAUCAUUUAAGGCUGCUGUUGAGGAGUGUGAAUCUGUGAGAGGAACUAUGCUUACUAUAACAGACCAAGUUGAACAAGACUUCAUCACGAGCAUCUUGGCCACAAGAACAGACUUGAACUACACGUGGCUCGGUCUGAAACUUCGACCAAAUCAACAGAAAUGGGUGGAUGAUUCUUCAGUGACAUUUGUCAACUUUAACCCUUUGCUUCACGGCAUGGUCAAGCCCAUAACAAUCAAUCAAUUUGAUGUCGAAAGCAUGGAUCUAUGUGCCUUUAUGUACAAUAAUCCUCACUCUGACCUGAUGGGAUCCUGGGACUUCACUUCCUGUGGAGAUUAUCAACCACUGGCCUACUGCCAACACUAUGCAGACAAAAUGGAAGAGCCUCAGAUCCCAUUAAAAUCCUUUAACAUCGGGAACCACACAGUUCUGCUGUUGCUCCAAAAUCUGACCUGGUUUGAAGCUCUGGAAAAGUGCAAUGAAAAUGACAUGGAGUUUGCAAGUAUUUCCGACACCACUCUUCAUUCCAGCCUCGUGGUGCAUGUGAACAGGGCACGUACACCAAUGUGGAUCGGCCUGUUCAGUGAAGAUGAGGGCGUCCACUACCGCUGGACAGACCACAGUCACACAGUGUACAGCCGCUGGGCCCCUGAUGCUGCGGGGGGCUCCUGCGUUUACAUUGACACUGAUGGAUUAUGGAAAACCAUGGAGUGUGAGGAGGAGCUGGGAGGAGCAGUGUGCCACAAGCCACACGAAGACACCAUCUCCACACCAGACGUUGUUGCAGUGAAGUGUCCUCAUAAAAUCAAUGGUGCCAACUGGAUCCCCUUCAGAAACAACUGCUACUCACUGCAGAUGGUGUCCUCCAGAUGGGAGCAAUUUGAUAAAGGACAUGCUCGAGAGACCUGCAAAAACCUGUAUGACGAUGCCACAGUCCUGACGAUCAGAGACGCAGAGGAGAAUGAGUUUAUUAAGCAGCAGCUUGCACCUUUCCAAAGCUUGGUGCAGUUUAUUUGGCUGGGCAUGUUCAAAGAUGACAAUGAUGACCAGAUGAAGUGGUUUGACGGCACCAAUGUUCAAUAUAAUAACUGGAAAUAUGGCAGAGUGGCCAUCGACAAGCCUUUCUUAGCAGGACUUAACACUUUUGGCGUUUGGUUCUUCAUCACCAACAAGAACUACUUCCAAGAUUUAAAACAAAAGAUGAUUGUGGCCUGCAAACUGGACAAAGAUGAAAAGCAAAAGUACAACUCUUCAGUCACUGACUUCCAGCAUUACGGUAACCUGACAUACCAGGUGUUAGCCCAGAAGCUCACAUGGUUCCAGGCAUUGGAGGAGUGCGGGCGGCGCGGGAGUCACUUGGCCAGUGUCCAUGACCUCCAACAUGACGCUCACAUCAGCCUCAUAUCAAAGACAGACGGCUUCCCACUGUGGAUUGGACUGUCCAGCCAAGAUACUAGUGGAUCUGACUUUGAGUGGUCUGAUGGUACUUUCCUGGACUACAAACCCACCAUCUCCGAGCCUCAGCCCAGCUUGAGCUUGCCCGAUCCAGAGGCGCACUGUGUUUACGUGACUCCAGAUGGAAAAUGGGUGAAGAGCAGCUGCCAAACUGUGACCGAGGGUGCCAUCUGCUACACCAGCAACACCACCACACCUUCUCAGAGAGCCAAGUUGCAGGCGGCUCUAGUGUCCAACAGGUGUCCUCAGAAAGAUGGAGGGUCGCUGUGGGUGCAGCACGAGGAGCACUGCUACGCCUUUGAUAUGAGCUUCUACAACUACAGUGUGUUCAGCAUGGAGCAGGCCAAGAGCGUCUGUGACAAUCUGGAUGCUGACUUGUUGACCAUAAAGACCAAAGAGGAGAAUGACUUUGUUACCAAACACAUUUCUGAUGACCCUCUAGUGACCAGUAGAACUUGGCUUGGCAUCAGCCUUAAUACUGAAGGUAAACCUGUAUCCUGGCAUGAUGGUACAUCUCUGGAGUACUCCAACUGGAAGCCUAAUGCAUUGAGCGCUGCGGUGGGAAAAAACCAGUGCGCUGUCCUGAACUCAAACGACGGAGGGACCUGGAAACUGGCCCACUGUGACACGGCACGCAGUCGAGUUGUGUGCCAAACUAAAGCAAGUAAAGGCGCACCUCUGGCUGUGGCCUUCCUCAUCAUCAUCCUUGUGUUGCUCCUUCUCACCAUUGGUUUUAUCGUUUAUAAGAAAAAGCGGCACCACUUCACCACCACUGUGCGCUACAAACGGACUUUUGACGAGUCAGACUCCACCAGCAUAGUCGCCGACCCGGAAUAAGCCACACAAAGAUAUACUUAAAACAAGAGCGCAAAUGCAGCCUUUCGAUUUUAAAUUAUUUAUUUUUGACCCAGCUGAAAAAGUUGUGUGUUUAACUGUAAAUAUUGAGCUGUGAGUUUGUUUUUAUUUAGUGGGGUUCCUUAACAAUAUACUAUAAAAGUCCCAGGGUUUUUGAUGCACUAACUAAAGUGACUAACUGUCAGGGAUAAUUGACCAUAAUAAUUGCAAUGGCAAAAACAGCAGUAUUGAAAAGGGGGAAUUUAUUUUAACAUUUUCUUAUUACUACUGACACUCCCCUGUAUUCUUCACUGAAUAAGCCAAGGAGCACACACUGUUUUGUCCAUCAACUUUGUAUUGUCACUGUACUGGCUAAAGUUGUUUUACACAUUGCACUCCAAAAAUGUUUUCUUAUUUUCUAGUUGAACAUCCAUCGGUGAGGAAAAAUCCCACUGAUUGUGCCUUUCUAUUUGUACUCUUAAAGGUUUCUAUGAUUCAGCACUGAUUUGUUUUGGGACACUGUCUUAAAAUUGAUUGUUUAUAACAAGCUGGUGUAUUGUAUGUACAGUGAAUAUGACUAUUUGCUAUGCACUACUGGGAAAGAGCACUUUAUUGUGUUAAGCUGCAGAUUUCUCAUGUUGAAGCACAAUGAGCUUUUUAGAGAUUUUGUAAAAUGUGGAAAAAUUGCACUGGUGUUUACUGUAAAUUGUAAACUGCCUUGUAAAUAUGAAAUAUUAUAACUGAACAAACCAAAGAUGUCUGUCAGGAUUAUGCUUGCUGCUUGUUAACAAGGUCAUAUCAACUACUUUAUCCACCCUCACAGAUCAGGUACCUUGCAAUAAAAGUCAUUUUCUUUCAAACUA